UUCAGAAUUGUGAGAAAACGAAUUUCUGCUGUUAAGCAACUAAGUCUGUGGUACUUUGUUACAAUAAGCCCUAGCAAACUAAUAUACAUACUUUCUGGGUAUUUCUUCCUACCGGUCCCCAAACCUGAGUGGGGGAUGAGGGAAACCCAUCCACUGUUUAAAAUGAAGGUCAGAACUGACCCAUCAUCACCUGAGAUUUCUGUACUGUUUCCUGGGUGGCACCGUCAGCAUUGUUCUUUUCCAAGGACUGGCUUUGUUAAGACUUCAGCAGCAGAUGAAAUAGCAGUCUUCUGUCUCGUUCUUUGCUGUUUUUACAACCAGCUUAGUUUCCAGAGCUACAUUUAAGACACACCCAACACUGAAAGCGCUUGCUAGACAUUCAGCUCCCCAGAGUUCAGCCUUGGAUGACUCCCGCGUCCUUGAGGAAAAAGAAUAGCCAGUACAGGCUACUCUGUCAUCUUUGAAGAUGUUAGAUGUGGGCAAGUGGCCAAUUUUCUCCCUUUGUUCUGAGGAAGAACUGCAGUUAAUUCGUCAGGCUUGUGUCUUUGGCAGUGCUGGCAAUGAAGUUUUAUAUACUACAGUAAAUGAUGAGGUUUUUGUGCUUGGCACAAACUGCUGUGGCUGUUUGGGAUUAGGUGAUGUCCAGAGCACCCUUGAACCUCGGAGACUGGAUUCUUUAAAUGGCAAAAAAAUAGCCUGCCUCAGCUAUGGGAGUGGUCCACAUAUUGUCCUUGCAACAACAGGCACCAAAGCACUGACAAGGCAGAAAGGAAUUAUCAGACCGUGAUUUGGGAGAAAGUGUGAAGAAGUCGGAGGGAAACUUGAAGCUAAUUUUGCCUUAAAGAUAUCUGCGUAUCCACUUGAAUGGAAUUGUGGUCUAAUGUACUUCUGAGGUGAAGGGGUCAUAGGUCAAAGACCUUGCACUAUAUAAAGGGCUGCACUCUCAGGGCAAGGAUGAGCCAGUUCUUCCAUCUCUAUGGGACUGAAGUGAAGAAUUCCUUGGCUCUGAACAAAUCAGGAAGAAAAAAAGAAAGAAAACUUCUCCCUGAGAGGUUUAACAAUGAAUUUAUAUUCCAGUUCACAUCAGACUGGGUAGUCCAAGAAAUCUCAAGCCUUGAGUUUAUUAAAGAAGGACCAUUAAGUACCUUUAAGAAGUUAACACAU